UCGCCGCUGCGGAGGACGGAGACGAGGCGGCGCUGGGCGCGCUACGCCGAGAGGACCGGAGUGCAAGGCCGGUGGCAGCGGGAAAGCGGCCUCGUGGCCUGGGAACCAGGCUUGCAGCGCCAAGCAGCCACCGGAGCUGUGGCAGGAGAUUCUCAGCCUGGCCUUUGAGAUGAUGGGACUGGGAAACGGGCGUCGGACCAUGAAGUCACCGCCCUUCGUGCUGGCUGCCCUGGUGGCCUGUAACAUUGUCUUGGGCUUCAACUACUGGAUUGCGAGCUCCCGGAGCGUGGACCUCCAGACGCAGAUCAUGGAGCUGGAAGGCAGGGUCCGCAGGGCGGCCGCCGAGAGGGGCGCCGUGGAGCUGAAGAAGAACGAGUUCCAGGGCGAGCUGGAGAAGCAGCGGGAGCAGCUCGACAAGAUCCAGUCCAGCCACAACUUUCAGAUGGAGAGCGUCAACAAGCUGCACCAGGAUGAAAAGGCGAUUUUGGUGAAUAAUAUCACCACAGGCGAGAGGCUCAUCAGAACCCUGCAAGACCAGUUAAAGGCGCUGCAGAAGAAUUACGGCAAGCUGCAGCAGGACGUCCUCCUGUUUCAGAAGAACCAGACCCACCUGGAGAAGAAGUUCUCCUAUGACCUGAGCCAGUGCAUCAAUCAGAUGAAAGAGCUGAAGGAGCAGUGUGAGGAGCAGAUAGAAGAAGUCACCAAAAAGGGGAACGAAGCUGUGGCUUCCAGAGACCCGAAUGGAAAAAGGGAACAGAGCCAGCAGCCCCACGCAUCCAGUGAGCCUCAGCCCCGGUCGCAGGAAGCAGGCCUGUCCCAGGCAGAGGGGCCACAAGGGAAAGGAAACGUGCCCAGUAACAGCAAGCCCCAGACACCAGCCCCCAGUUCGGAGGCGGCUUUGGAUGUGAGGAGAAAGGGUGAGAAAGAGGAGACCAAUGACAUUGAGGUCCGCAGUGAGGAGGUGCUGCGGAGGGACAGCCUGGGGCUGCCCCGGGAGCCGCACCAAGAGCAGGCCGUGGAAGAAGACGGACGUGCAGGAGGAGGAGCCAUGGGACACGCUGGAGACCUUGGCCCAACCUCGCAGGUGCCAACCACCCUGCUGUUGAGCCAGGAAAACCAGGAGGCAGAGGAGCCUGAGCGGGACCAGCUCGUCAUCCGGGACGGGCAGGAGGAGGAGCAGGGAGCUGGCGAAGAAGGGAGAAACCAGUCAAAAAUGGGAGGAGAUGAUGACUACAACAUGGACGAAAAUGAGGCCGAAUCGGAGACAGACAAGCAGGCGGCCCUUGCAGGGAAUGACAGAAACGUAAAUGUUCUUAAUGCUGAAAGUCAGAAAAGAGACAGUAAAUUUACUUGAUCAGCAUGAAAAGAGGAAUCACGUACUCUGAAUCAAACUGGAAUCACAUACUUCGUGUCGGGAUUGAACAGCGAUAACCACAGAAUCUUCACGAGGGACUGAAUACUGUGAAAUGUACUAAGUAAAAUAUACAUCUGAAGAUGAUUAUUAUGGAAUUUUAGCAUGUACUUUAUGUAGGAAAGUGAGAUUGUUUUUUAGAUGUUUUUUGGGGGGUUACUUUUGAAGCAUCCCUAUUAAAGAUGUUAAAAUGUGUUGGCUGAUAGGUAUUUCAUGAGAAGAUCAAUGCCAAAAAUAGAACACAAGUUCUCCAAGUACAUGGACAGUGCUUCUAGAAUUUAACUGUUUAAAAUAAAAGCAAGUCUGUAGGAAGAGUCCACCUUCUGGUGCAAAGGAGUGAUCUGCUGCACUUAGAAACUCCUUUUUCUCAGUUCCUUCCGAGUCCUUCUCUUCUCCAAAUGCCAGGGCGAGGGACGGUACCAGCCUGUCACUUCUGUUCUCCAUCAGCACUGGGUUCCUGGUUUGUGCUCUCGCCUGUCCAUUUCUGGUUCCUGUACUCAGUGGCCUGGAGCACUGACUGGUAACACGAACACCACCUACAGUAGUUUGAAUACCCAGGUGUUUUGUGGGAGAAUUUUUGAAGACUACUUGUAUAAUAGCCCUCAUAUUAAUGUUAAGUGGGUUGUAAUUUGAAAACUCGUGAUCUAUACUUAACUAAUAUGUGUAGGCAAAGCAAAAUCUUCUGUAAUUCAGUCCAUAGUACCACAAAAGGCCAAGUGGAUUAGACUUUGGACACAGCGGGGGCCAGAGCAAAGGUGCCCCCAGUGCCUGCUGCAGAGCGGUGAGGCAGCCCGGCACUGCAGGGCGGGUUUGUUGUGGACAGACUGCCGACUCCGCUGGAGGGAAAGAGGAGCAAGUUGAUGUUGAAGGGUAUGUACUAGUUUAGAAAGGCAAGACAAAUGUCAAUAGUGUUUUUGUCACAGUUUAUACAGUUAGCUUUUAACUAUGAAAACGGACUUAAAAAUCAAAAGUUAAUACUUGAAAAUGACUAAUAAUUUACAUCGAUAAUAGUGAUAUUAGAUUUGGCUUGUAUUGGUCCUUAUGUUUCAGGUAAAUAGGUUUUUGCCUCUUGUGAAUGGCGGGCAAAGCCGCAACUAACGACUUUCAUUGGGCCCUCUGAACAAAGGGUAAGUGGGCGGUGGUGCUUACUGCCAUGUGUUUGGGGUUGCAGGAGCUGAGAUCCAGUCUCUGCAGGUCACGUGGCAGGACUCCCUUGUUUCCAGAGAGGAAGCGGCCCGAGAAGUCAGGAGCCCAACUGGCCGCACGCCUGUGUGGACGUGCUGUGCCCCCGACAGUCCCUGAAGGCAGGCUGUGCUUUGCGUUCAGGUUAAGAGCUCUACCUUGAAUGUUCUUCAUGUGUAAUAUCCUUUUACCACCUCACUAAGAUUAAACCUUUUCACCCAGAAAAGGCCACUGAAGAAGUGUAAAAGUAGCUUUGUAAGAUUUUUAUCUAAGUCCUUGCCCGACACCCCUCUCAGCCUUAGGGAUGAUACGCUCUCUUGCUUUCUCAAAUAAAGCUUCUGUUCAUCUCUUGUUUAAUCAGUGUGCAGAGUUGCGGAGAAAUGAAAUUCUCUGUUAGUUCAGCUUUUAAAACUGUUUUCAGUUUUCCCUUCAUCCCAUUUGAUCCCUAAGGAAGCAGCUUUUAAAUUGUGGAGAUGGAACGUAAAUAUAAAUAACCCCUGUCACCUGACGACUUCGCCUGCGUUCCCAGAGGCAUGUCCGAGGGCCGCUCCUGCGGCAGGUGUGUACUGGGAGCCCCCCCCCCCCCCCCCCCCCCCCCGCCUGCUUUGUUGCCGCUGGCUCCUCUGGGAUCGCAGACACCUAUUCUGAAGCAACAAUUUAGAAGUAUCACAGCUGUUUAAAAAACAAAAAUCUGUGCAAUAAGCAUCAAGUAGAUAGUUUACCUCUGACCUUGGUCUCUUUAGUGUUACCCAAAAUUAAAUCAGCAGCUAUUUCAAUUUUAACAGGCAAACUCUUUAAUUCCCACUGUCUCGUCUCAGAUGGUGUUUGCACAGGAGUGAAAAGUCAUUUUAUCUUUUCUCCUGCAGGUAGGACUGCAAGUGGAGACUCCCUAAGCAACCUUGGAUUAGAUUUCCUAAGUAAUCUAAUCACGGCACAUACUUAAUGUAUGUACUUUUGUGUGAUGAAGUUUGAGAAAUAAACUAUUAUGUUGAUGUUAAAUAACUAGACUGAUAACUAGCAUGACUGUUUUAAUUGGCUGAGAGCUGGUUAUCCAUCCACAGCAGAACCUGGAAUGGUGAAGAGAAUUCAGCAUCCUUUAUGGUCCAGUGGGAAUUAGUCUAAUAAUCUUUCAGGCAAAAAUAUAAUUGGAGUAAUAGAACAAUGAAAAAAGAUUAUUAUUUAUAAAUGAUAUUUUAUAGGACACCGAACAACUUCUAACAUGUCUUUGAAACUAAUUUUAGCAAAAAUACAAAUUUAAAACAGAGGUUCCAUUAAUUGGGUUAUAUUAAUUCCCCCUGCCCCCUCAUGUCAGCUUAGACGCUGCAAAUGUUCAUUAGUGUCAGAAAGUUGGGGAAAGUUUAUUUUCAUUUUGUGUUUAAAUGUUUGUGUAUUUGUAGGCUAUUUCUUAGCUCUGAGAGCAACACUUUUUAAAGUGUACUAAGCUACUGUUCUUUAAAUCUGGUUUGUAAAAUUCUGGUUAUGUAUACGCUGAAUGGUGUGUAUCUCUGGGCAAGUUAAAUGACUUUGAAUAGUCUCAUCUUCAAAUUAUACAGACCUUCAGAUAAUGAGUUUUAUAACCAAGACCCUAACCAGUUGAGACAAGUGCUUGUUCUUUAUUCUUACUCCUUGGAAUAAAGUGCUACCUUGUCCUGA